AUGAAUUAUAAUGAAGUUUCAGACAUUAAGAUCAGCAGCUCAUCCUCUCCUGGACUUUUACCUGACCAAGAAAGCAAGGCCCAAAUGACUAAUCAUGAAUUUGCAGCCAUGGAAACUGCUCCAGCUGAUGUCCAUAGCCCUACUAGUGGCUCUGGUGGAGAUUAUGAACCAAUAAGAAGCUUUGGAGAUGCCAAGAGAAUAUGUUUUGUGGAGAGCAAAAAGCUUUGGGUGAUUGCAGGGCCAAUUAUCUUUAACAUGUUGUGCAACUAUGGUAUUAACUCAUUCACAAACAUCUUUGCUGGGCAUAUUGGCAAUGUUGAGCUCUCUGCUAUUGCCAUAUCCCUGUCUGUCAUCGGAAAUUUCUCUUUCGGCUUCCUGCUUGGUAUGGCAAGUGCACUUGAAACACUAUGUGGGCAGGCAUUUGGUGCUGGGCAAGUAGGCAUGCUAGGAGUUUACUUGCAACGCUCAUGGAUAAUUCUGAUUCUCGCUAGCUUCUGUUUACUACCACUCUACAUAUACUCAGGGCCCGCUUUGAAACUCCUGGGGCAAGAAGACGACGUUGCAGACCUUGCCGGGAAGUUCUCAAUCCAAACUAUCCCUCAGCUGUUUUCACUUGCCAUUAAUUUCCCAACACAAAAGUUCUUGCAAGCUCAGAGCAAGGUACGAGUACUAGCAUGCAUUGGCAUUGCAACACUCCUAGUACACAUAGGACUCCUAAGCGUCUUCAUCAAAGUUUUGGGGUGGGGAACCACUGGUGCAGCUAUGGCCUAUAAUGUCUCAGCCUGGGCUAUGGCAUUGGCUCAGGUGGUAUAUGUAAUUGGUUGGUGCAGAGAUGGCUGGAAGGGAUUGUCAUUGUUAGCUUUCAAGGAGUUAUGGGCCUUUUCGAAACUCUCUAUUGCUUCAGCUGUAAUGCUUUGCCUAGAGAUUUGGUAUUUCAUGACCAUUAUUGUUCUCACCGGACACCUUGAGAAUCCUGUUAUUGCUGUUGGCUCCCUUUCAAUAUGCAUGAAUGUGAAUGGAUGGGAAGGAGUAUUUUUCAUUGGGGUGAAUGCAGCUAUAAGCGUUCGUGUCUCCAAUGAACUUGGAUCAGCGCGUCCAAGAGCAGCAAAAUACUCUGUCAUUGUCACUAUAGUUGAGUCUCUCAUCAUUGGAAUUCUUUUCGGGGGGAUCAUCCUGGCUGCUAAGGAUCAUUUCGCUGUCAUUUUCACCAGCAGCAAAGAGCUGCAACAUGCUGUAUCUCGUUUGGCAAUCCUUCUUAGUGUUACAAUGGUACUUAAUAGUGUCCAGCCGGUUAUAUCAGGUGUUGCUGUUGGAGGAGGGUGGCAAGCUUUGGUGGCUUCCAUAAACUUGUUUUGUUAUUAUGUUGUGGGGCUACCUCUUGGGUUUGUUCUUGGUUAUCGAACAGGUUUAAGAGUGGAGGGAAUUUGGCUUGGUAUGAUAUUUGGGACAUUCUUGCAGACACUGAUCCUCUCCUACAUCGUUUACAAAACCAACUGGAACAAGGAGGUAGAACAAGCCUCAAUAAGAAUGGAACAAUGGACUGGAGAAGAACUAGUAACGCAUCAUUAGAAAGUAUCUGUUCGAGAAUCAAAUGAUGCUGCACUCUUUCUUGUACCAAUAAGCAGAAGAACAACUAUUCUAUUUGCAUAGUGAUUUGAAACUGUCAAC